CUCCUGCUGAACUGCACCAGGAAGUCCUUCAGGCGGCUGGAGGAUCAGAGAGCAGCACGCUGGAUGUCUCAGACUGGAGCUCAGCGCUUAUACACGCUGUUUACUUUCUCCACACCAGCUCAGACUGCGCUUUAUGGAGCCGGAAUAUCGAUGAAUGAGUAACGUAACGUUAGCAGCGUGGUUGAUGUUCCUGGACGACUCUAGGAUGAUGCAGUCAGUCUGAGAUGAGUUCUGGAGUGCAGCAACAUGUCGUACUGGAAUGUUGGAGACGCUGAAGACUCUGAGGAUUCUGAAGCACAGCCAGUCUGCAGCCCUACUGAGCAAGAUGGCGACGUGGAGAUGGGAGCCAAGCAGUCGGCGGUUGGCGGCGCCUCCUUGGGCCAAUCGCCCACCCUGGAGAACAUCCGGGCUGCCUACGGGGAGGACGAGGGCUGCAGGGCGCAGGAGCUGAUCCGCAUCGCCUGCUGCCAGGAGAACGGUGCAGGACGGCCAGAUGGGUUGGAUCUGCUGUGUUUGGCCAGUCAGCACGGAGAUAUAGAGAGUGUACAGUUUCUGCUGAAGGACGCAAGGGUUCAGUUUCCUCAGGAGCCCGGCGAAGGGAAUCCAGCCAUCUUGGCUGCGCAUUACGGCCGGCACAACGUGGUCCAAGAGCUACUGGACUCCAUUCCACGUCCUUGUAUCCGUAAAGAUCUGCUGAACUGGAUGCUGGCUACAGCGUGUCAGCAGGGUCAUUUGGAGGUGGUGAAGCUGCUGGUCCUCAGUUACCAGGCUGAUGCAGAAGACUGUGCCAUGCACAGCGACGAGUUCGCAGUGAUCACUGGCCUGCCGCUGUACGCUGCUGCCAGAGCAGGAAAUAAAGAAAUAGCCAACUUUCUGCUGGAGAAUGGAGCCGGCUUCUCUUCCUACACCUUAAUGGACCACAGGGAGUUCAGCCAACAGCUGCUGAGACAGCGCCUCCUGGAGGAACAGGACACGCAGUGCGACGGGAGCACGCAACCACCUCUGAAAGUGCAGUGGUCAGGACUAAAGCUGCAGUGGUUGGAGCUGGACUGGCUACUAGACGUGUCCUCCAGGAUCACAGUGCUGGAUCUAUCCCAUAAUAAUCUAAACUCUCUGCCCUCUGUGGUGCCGUGGGGCCUUAUCCACCUCAACACACUCAACCUGUCCUACAACCAGCUCAAGGAGCUACCAACCCCCCAGUCUUCUCAGGAGAUCAUCUGCAGCAGACUAAGCCAGGUCAAUCUGAGCGAGAAUGAGCUGGAGUGUCUCCCGACAGGUCUGCUGCACCUCAGCCAGAUCCAGCAUCUCUCCGCAGCCAAGAACAAGCUCACCGCCCUCUUCAAUAUCCCCAACGGUACUAACUGGAUUGGACUGCGCCGGCUGCAGGAGCUGGACGUGUCUGAUAACCACCUGGCUGAUCUGUCCUCGCCUGUGCUGCACUGCUUUAAAGCCCUGAGCAGCCUCAACAUCAGCAAGAACAGACUCAGCCGCUUCCCCGACCCCUGGGCCUGCCCUCUGAAAAUCUGUAAAGCUGCAUGCAACCAGAUCGAGAGCCUCCCCGACACCAUCUCCAUCUUCUGGAGAACCCACCUGAAAGAGGUGGACUUCUCUGAAAAUGCCCUGAAGGAGCUGCCUUCCUACAUAUUUGAGCUUGAGGCCAUCGUCUCCCUGAAGCUGUGUGGCAAUCAAAUCUCAGCUCUCCCUGCUUCCAACAAAUGGAAAUGCUCUCAACUCCGAACACUAGACCUGUCCAGAAACCAGCUUGGGAAGACAGUGGAAAACACCAAGACCAGAAGACUUCCCUUCUUAACCACGUGGACCCGCAGAGACCCAGAGCCAGCCUGUCCGGUCCAGUUUCCCGAAAUCCUGCGGGAUUCGCUGGAAGUUCUCUUCCUGAACGACAACCAGCUGGAGUGUGUGCCUCCGUCCGUGUGCUUCCUCAAAAACCUCUCCGAGCUCUAUCUGUCCAAUAAUCCUGGCAUCCAGGAGCUUCCUUCUGAGCUUGGCCAGCUCUCCAACCUCUGGCAGCUGGAUAUCGAGGAGCUGAACAUCUCCAACGUCCCUGCAGACGUCCGCAAAGAUGGACCAGCAGCUGUGUUGGCGUUUCUGCGGGCGGAGCUGCGGCGGGCAGAGCCGUGCAAGCUGCUGAAGCUGAUGGUGGUGGGGCCGCCGCGGCAGGGUAAGAGCGCUCUGCUGGAGGGGCUUCAGACCGGAAAAUCCACCUCAUUCAUGUCCUCCGAUCGCAGCGUCCGCACGUCCACCUGGGAGCUGGAGCGACCAACCGGAGUCAAAACCGGCGUUGAUUCAGUGUGUUUUAAUGUGUGGGAUAUUGGUGGUCCGGCCAGCAUGUCGACUGUAAACCAGUGUUUCUUCACGGAUAAAGCUCUGUAUGUGGUGAUCUGGAAUCUGGCCCUGGGAGAGGAGGCUGUAGCCAACCUGCAGUCCUGGCUGCUCAACAUAGAGGCCCGUGCGCCAAACUCGGCCGUGGUGGUGGUUGGAACCCAUCUGGACCUCAUCGACACAAAGUUCCGAACCGAGCGGAUCGCAACGCUCCGGGCCUACAUCCUGGCACUCUGCAGGACGCCCUCAGGAGCCAGAGCCAGCGGCUACCCUGACAUCACCUGGAAGCACCUGCAUGAGGUGUCGUGUAAGUCGCUGGAAGGAAUGGACGGGCUGAAGAGGCUGCUGUAUCAGGUCUCCUGCUCCAUGAAGGACAUCACUAAUCCAGCCAGCUGCCACAAACUGGUGGGAAGACUGAUCCCCAAGAGCUAUCUGAUGCUGCAGGAGACAGUGCUGGCGGAGCGUCUGAGGAGAGACUCAAUGGAUGAGGUUCAGUAUCUGACGGAUUUGGAGCUGGACCAGAUCAUUGAGCAGAGUCCUAGCAGUGAUAUCAAAGACUAUGAGGACCUACAGACUGCUAUCAGUUUUCUGAUUGAGACUGGCAGCAUGCUGCACUUUCCUGACACCAGUCACGGCCUCUGUAAGCUGUACUUCCUGGACGCUGUGUGGCUGUCUGAGUGCCUGGAGCGCAUAAUCCACCUGAAGAGCUCUCGCUCCGUGGCGAGGAACGGCGUGAUCCGGGCGGAGGACCUGCGCAUGCUGCUGGUGGGCACUGGCUUCACCCAGCAGACGGAGGAGCAGUACUUCCAGUUCCUCGCCAAGUUCGAGAUCGCUCUUCCUGUGGCCAGCAACAGUUAUCUCCUUCCGCACCUGUUGCCUCCCAAACCCGCCAUGGAUAUCCACGGCUUCCGCCAGCAGAGCAGCAACAGCAUCCAGCGCCAUUUUAAGAUGAGUUUCGUGCCGGCAGGUUUCUGGGAGCGCUUCAUCGCACGCAUGCUGAUCAGCCUCAACCAGAUGGACCUGCAGGCUUUUGAGACUAAGCGAGGCUCUCGAAGUCCACGGAGCAGAAACACGGUGAUCUACAGCUUUGCAGGAAACCAGCAGAGGAACCGCUGCAGUACGUUCAGAGUGCGCCGGAGUCAGACCAUCUACUGGAAAGAGGGGUUACUGGUCACCUUCGAUGGGGGAUAUUUAAGUGUGGAAUCAUCAGACCUGAACUGGAAGAAGAAGAAGAGUGGUGGCAUUAAGAUAAUCUGUCAGUCAGUGAUGAGAGACUUCUCAGCCAUGGCCUUCAUCACUGACCAUGUCAAUGCCCUUAUAGAGCAGUGGUUUCCUGCUCUGACGGCGAGUGAAAGUGAUGGAUCUCUGCUGAUUGAGCAGUACGCACCCUGUCCUCACUGCAGUGCUGUCCUCAGGCACUCAGACCCUCUGCCCACCACCCACGCCAACCAGAACACCGUGCACUACUUCAACAUGGAGGACUGUGUGCUGGCCGCCAUUGAAAAGGAGCACAUCACCUGCCCCAAUCACCCCAAAGAGCCUGUGGCCCUGCAGGAGCUGGUGCCUGAGCUGUUUAUGACGGAUUUCCCCUCACGGUUGUUUCUGGAGAAGAGUGAUCUGGAGUGCAGUGAGGAGGAGAGGGAUAUCCUGGGUCAGGGUGGAAGCGGCACCAUCAUUUACAGAGCCAAGUACAGAGGGCAGUCCGUGGCCAUCAAACGCUUCCAAUUUAAAAAAUGCAGACAGCAGUCCCUCAACAGCAGCACAGACACAAUGCUGAAGCACCUGCAGUCCAUGGACGCUUCCAGAAGCUUCUCGGAGUUCCGGCAGGAGGCCAGCAUGCUGCACACACUGCAGCACCCGUGUAUCGUGGCCCUGGUGGGCAUCAGCAUCCACCCCCUCUGCUUCGCCCUGGAGCUGGCACCGCUCGGCAGCCUCAACACUGUUCUGGAGGAGCGCAGCAAAGGCUCUCAGUUCCUGCCGCUGGGCCACAUGCUGACCUUUAAAGCGGCCUAUCAGAUAGCGGCCGGACUGGCCUAUCUGCACAGGAAGAACAUUAUCUUCUGUGACCUGAAGUCCGACAACAUCCUGGUGUGGUCGCUGGAGGUGGAGGACUCGCUGAACAUCAAGCUGUCUGACUACGGCAUCUCGCGCCAGUCCUUCCACGAGGGAGCUCUGGGAGUGGAGGGAACGCCGGGAUACCAGGCCCCUGAGAUCCGCCCAGGCAUCGUCUACGAUGAGAAGGUGGACAUGUUCUCGUACGGGAUGGUCCUGUACGAGCUGUUAUCUGGUCGCAGGCCGGUGUUGGGUCAUCACCAGCUGCAGAUUGCUAAGAAGCUCUCUAAAGGAGUGCGGCCGGUGCUGGGGAGCCCGGAGGACGUGCAGUUCCACUGCCUGCAGGCUCUGAUGCAGGAGUGCUGGGACACCAAACCAGAGAAGCGUCCCCUGGCCAUGCUGCUCCUGAGGCAGAUGCAGAAUCCCUCAUUCCCGUGUCUGAGAUACCUGCUUCCCUGCCAGCAGCAGAGCCAGCUCUUCCUCUCGGCCCUGCAGGGCCACAGCGCCGUCUUCUGGGAUGGAGAUAAGGAUGACAGAAACUACUCGGUGGUGAAUAUAGCCAAAGGGCAGAUGGAGGUGAAGCGAAUGCCGUGUCCGGGAUCGAGACUCACCUGCCAGCUGAAGAUGGACAACACCUUGUGGACCGCCACUGAGGAGCAGGAGGUCUUUAUCUACAGCCUGAAAGAGAUGUGUCCCCUGAGCCACCCGCAGAAACUGCUCUCCUGUCCGUCGGUGGUCACUUGCCUCACGCUGCUGCCGGCCAGGACGGAGUCGCUUCCCCGUGUUUUUGCCGGCAUGUCUGAUGGACUGGUGGCGGUGUACACUCUGGUAGACGACAUGCCGCUGGAGGGAGAGACCUACGUGUGCUCUCACACUCUGAACAAGACUCUUUUUGGGAUAGAGGAUUUGGACCCCCGACAGAGGCCUUACCCCGUACGGACGAUAAUUCCGGUCCGGACCGACUCUGAGAUGUGGUAUACUAAUGGUCCGGGAGUGCUCGUGAUCGACAGCCAUACCUUACAGCCAGUCCGUCGCCUGGACCCGUACCUCCCACCCUCCUGCGUGGUCUCUAUGGUCUCUUCUUCAAGUCUCCGUGGUGAUGAAGCCGUGUGGUGUCUGGACGAUCACACCAACACCUUGCUGAUGUAUCACGCUGCUACCUACCAGCUUUGCGCCAGCUACAACUGCAGCGACCUGCACCCGCUACGAGACGUCUUCCCCAUCCAGGUUCCGUCGCAGGCCAUCACAGACGUGAGCUUGGAUGCUGAUGUUCCUCCGCAGGAGGAGAAGGAGGAGGAGAAGCAGGAAGAGGAGGAGCCCUUCUCACCUGAUCCAGAAAAGGAUGUAACAGUGACUAUCAUCCACAGCAAAGAAGCUGGCACUCAGAUCCUCAGGCAGCAGGACUCUUUAGACUACUGCUCCAUUAGCUCCUCAGGAUUCAGCUCGGAGCAGCUGGACCAGCUGGCCCUCAGCCACUUCGAUGCUUCCAGUUCAGGAGCCCUGAGCUCCCUGGCCAGCUCCAGCAGCAUGCCCUUCUCCACAGACUGUGAGGACGGAGAUAGAGCUCAAGACGAGCAGGUCUCAGCAGAGCCGUCCCCUCCAGCCAGCGUGGAGUCAGCUCCACAAACCCACACUCUGCCCUUCCUCAAGGCCCUCAACGUGGUGCCAGUCAACAGCACAAUAUGGGUCCCCAGGCGUGGGGGGGAUGUUAUGGUGAUUGAGGUGCAGGAGCAGGCAGGGCAGCUAAAAGGCCGGGUGAUUGCGGUGCUGACCGUUCCAGGAGUUCAGGAGUAUGGAGACCUGGUGGAAGCUGCGCUGGUUGCAAAGGACACUGUUGUGUGCGGCUUUCGUAAUGAAAACAUGGCCUGGUGCCUGGCUGUCUGGAGGGGCUGGGGAGGCCGCGAGCUGGAGCUGUUCUACCGGAGCUACGAGGACCUGGGCCGCUUGGAGACCAGCAUGAGGAAAAGAAGGUAGCUGUGUGCCGGUGUGGGUGUGUGUCCGUGUGUGCGCACCCACCGGAGCAGAAUCGCAGCACUGUGUGGCUAAGGAUGGCUUGAGGGAAUACACACACAUGCACAUAUACACACACACAAAUACAUGCAUACACACAUACAGGUAUGUAUGUAUAGGUAAGGGCUCAAAUCUAGGGAAUGUAUAUAUGAGUAGACCUUAGUUUCCAGGUCCAGGUUUCUCUAGAUCUCUCUCACUCACUCACUGACGUACGUACACACACUAAUACACUCUAACACACACACAAACACACACUCAUACACCUAAGCCAUGGAAUGAAGGGAAUAUACUCACUGACAUGAGGUCGGAGGCCUCAGAAUGCAAACAGAAAUACACACACACACAGAAUGUCACCACAUACGUACACUCUCUAGACAUUAUACACAAACACACACCCCAUUAUAUCAAGCAAACUUGACAUCACUGCUGCAUUCAUGAAGCUUAACUGGAGCUGCCACCUUAUCUCCUCCGAGCCCUCCACCUGGAGCUUUGUCAAGUGCAUGUGUCUACACUGCGGUUCCACUACACCCCCUACAACUGUACUUACAAUAUAUGUCCGUUUUAUCAGAAACGCCUAUCCUUCAGGUUUACUUUGUGGGCGUAGGAACAGUUAUACAUAAUAACUGAUAAUUCUACAGUUUCUGUCCCUGGGUAUUUAUUAAUAUUAAAGAACUAAUUCUUAUUAACCAAUAAAAGCCCAGACCCGUUUCUGAAUACUGAUACCAAAUUUAAAAUUGAAUCAGAUCAAUUCAGUAAGCAGCUCAUUCAUGUUGGAGCUCAUUUAUGUAAGAACAACUUUAAUUUCAUUUAAACAUUAAUUUAAAGCAAUUGCAAAAUUGUAAAACUGGUUGAAACAGGGCAAUAGAAGCAGGAAAUGCUCUUUUAAAAUGACAAUGUUUUAUCUCAAGCAUUAACCCAGUACAUGUAGAGGUUAUAAGUAGACUUCAUAACUUAAAAUGACAGACAAAAUGCUGUAAGGAAGUUAACAAAGUCACAAACAACUAUAGCACAUCGUCGCUGUCCAAUGAAAAACUGGUAUCUCCAAAACAGCAACUUUACAGGAGAAAGAUUUUUUUAGUUUUCCUAAAUCGACAGUGCACCUUUUAAUCCAGUGCAAAUUUUGUAUGAAAUUUACCAGUCAGGUUAUAAAGAGCAGUUAUACAGGAGUUUCAGUUUAGUUCUCGAGCACCGGGGCUGGAGUAGCAUUAGCAAUACCCGUUUAAUCUCUAUUUCCGCUAUUAUACUGUGAGUAUGACCAGCCUAAGGCCUGCUGCUAACCCUGGCUAGCACUGCUGGAGUAGCAUUAGCUGCUAACCACGCUCGCUUUUGUCCUGUUCAGAGGUGAGCAUUAUCGGCAUGUAGCCUGCUCCUAACCUUAGAUUUGGGAAUCUAAGCUUACUGUAAAUAAACAGAAGCGCUUUACUCACCCAAAUAAACAGUUUUUAGGAGAGAGAUCUGUGUAGAUUAACAUCCAGCCCUCGUUUGGGCUUUAUUGCAGUUUUGUUUACUUAGCUUAGCUCAUUAAUAGCCCCCAUCCAAACUUUUUUUAGAUUGUUCUGCAGGCUUGAAAUGUAGAAAUAUGUGUUUAUUAACAAAUGAAAGGAAGAUGAUCAGAGAAAAGAUGACAUCCUGGCUUCAAUCUCUCUGAAAUGAAACAAAAGUCAAAAUAACUGUAAAAACACUUAUUUAAACUUAUUUGUUGCAUAACCAUGGGUUCAGAAACUGAAAGGGGAGCACAUCAGCCGUGAGAGUAGAGAGACAUUUUUUUCUGUAUGGGAAAAUGAGUAAGUAAGCCCAGUUAAACGUACACUACAGUUUAUAUUUGUGAUGAUUGGCUCGAACUCUUGUUCAGAGCUCUUAAAUGUGGAUCAUGUUUUUAAAAAAAGUAGGAAUAAUCUGUGAUUUGAGAAUAAGAACUUGUUGAUGUAGUAUCUGACCAUAGGGAAUUAAACCCUAAUCUGGCACAGGGAAGGUGGUGGUGUUAUCAACUACACUAACCAACAAUAUAUAGAAUAACCUCAAAUUUAAGAUAGUACCUUGAAAUUCGGGGUGAGGAAUGCCUGUCGUUUCCUUUUUAAGUGCACUGAAAAGAACAGAUAAUAUGAUUUGUAAGCCAACCAGUGCAAGUGCAGCCCUGGUAGAGAGUUACUAAUUCAUAAUUCAUGCAGUACAAAUGAGGAGCCUUGGUAGAACAGUGAUACCAAACUUUGCUAGGCUCUCUAGAGCAGCCUAUAUCUGCACAUGCCCAGUUCCAUCAGAAUUCCCCUAGCCCUUUAUUAAUGGCCAGUUUUUGACCAAUGAGACACUUUUGGCUGGAUAUUUUUUGGAUUGUGACACUUAUUCUCAACCCAGCAUGUAUUAAAACCCUGGCAACACAGCCGGGUGGUCCAUUUGCAUUGAUGAAUGGAUUGUGGAGAGGGGGUGAGGUGAGGGAGAGAAGUAAACUGUGCAGCAGCUGUUACAGUCAGCCUAUAGUACAGUUAGGAACUGCAUAUACAUAUACAGCGCUGGGAAAAAAUAAGUGACCACAUAAAAAAAUUGAUGAGUUUCUUUAAUUUUACCAAAUUGAAAACCUCUGGAAUAUAAUUAAGAGGAAAAUAGAUGAUCAUAAGAAAUCAAACCAAGCUGAACUGCUUGAUUUUUUGCAGCAGGAGUGGCAUAAAGUUUAUCCAAAAGCAGUGUGUAAGACUGGUGGAGGAGAACAUGCCAAGAUGCAUAAAAACUAGGGUUAUUCCACCAUUUCUGAACUCUUAAAACUUUAUGAAUAUGAAUUUGAUUUCUUUGCAUUAUUUGAGGUCUGAAAGUGCUGCAUCUUUUUUUUAAAUUCUUUUUAUUUUAGCCAUUUCUUAUUUUCUGCAAAUAAAUGCUCUAAAUAACAAAAUAUGUUCAUUUUGCUCAAACAUAAACCUAUAAAUAGCAAAAUCAGAGAAAUUCAGAAACUGAAGUGCUCUCUUAAUUGUUUCCAGAGCUGUAUAUACACACAUAUAUGCUAGGUGUUUCUGAUAAAACGGCCACUGAAUGGGAGAACAAUGUAAGUGCGGCUAAUAACCUGGCAACUUUCUGUGUGUGUAAGUGUGAGUUACACCAAUUUAAGCAGCGAACCAAGAAAAAGAGCCUUACAGACGAUUAUACUGUGUAUCAGCUUUCUCCUGUUCCUGGCUCAGCUAUACUGAAUAAUUGGAUAUGUCUUUGGAUUACAGCCAAUACAGUAUAUGUGGGUGUAUGUAUGUGUUUGUGUAUGUGUGUGCGCAUGUGUGUUCCUAAGCCUGAAUGUAACCAGCAAUAACAGCGAAAAGUAAGCUUCAGAAUUAACCUUUAAAAAAGUCUCUUUUAUAGGGAGGCCGCAGUGGUAGCAAGGCCAGGCGUUCAGCAUUACUAAUGGAUUAUGGGAGUAAAAUAACAGUCCACUGUAACAAUAACAGAAAGUCAUUUGCAGCAGAAAAGGGAAGAGUUAGUUCACAGCCGAAUGACCUGAAGACCCACACACUGUCUUGUUUGGAUUGUGGCAGAUAUAUACACACACAUAUAUACCAGCCUGUUAUCUAUUACUGUAAAUAUGUACCAGAUCUCGGUUGUAAAAAUGGAUUGUACUGUAUUUAUUAUGAGCUAUAUGACUGCAUGUGUAAAUAGAUUGUCAUCACAUUGUAAAUAUAAUAAAAAUCUUCUGGAACGCUC